AUGGUAGCCUUGAUUCUUUUAAGGGAAUUUUUAUCAAAGCCUGGCCAGAAAUCAAAAGUGCUGGACCAAAGCCACUGUAGAUUCAUAACUUAUUGUCCUGUAGAAGCUAUUUGGCUCCUUUCUGAUAGAAAUGUAAAGUUACACAAAUUUAUUCUGACCCACAUGUUUGCUCCAUGGCAGGGAGAUGAUGUGUCAGAUCGUCAGCCAGAAGUGACAUCACAUUGUCCAAGUCAACAGGAGGAGGAUCCAUUGGAAGGACCUAGUUGGUGGUACACGGAUCUAGAAAAUGUUCGUGGUUCCAGACGCUGUGGUCAUGGUGAUAGCAGAGGGAGAGGUCGUAAGAGGAGUUCUGGAAAAUACUCUCCUGGCAUUAAUUUAGCACUGGAAUCAUCUAGUGAAAGUGAAUGUGAUGACUUACCAUCUUGUAAACCCAAGGUAUCGAAGAAAAGCCCUGCUGGACUUCAAAGCCCACAGGCUAACAAAAAGCCUUGUUGUGCCUCGCUAGAAGUAAAUAAGAGUCCAGGAUUAUCUUUAGACCAUAGUUACCUUGCUUCACCUGCCAGCAUGUUGGCCAGAUUGGAAAACUUAGAAGCUAAAGCAGGGCGUCGAUCAAAAGCUCGGUCAAGAGGCAUGUCACUUCGGGGGAGCGUAGAAGAUGGCGGGAGGCCAAGUGAGGUUGGGACUGAAGGUGGGCGAAGGCUCACUCGGCGAAGAACAGAAAUAAAGAGAAGUAGUGUAGAAGCUGAUUCUAUAAAAAAUGAGGAUGAUUCUUUCAAUCUAAAGCUAGAGGAAACCUUGCUGGAAGGUGGGGAUAGUAUCAAGAUGGAAAGUCAAGAAAGUGAUUCAGUUCUAAUGCCUCCACCAAGAAUGCCAUUACCUGUAGUUGAGAAAGACUAUCUUAUCACUGAUAAUGACUUAACAUGCAUUGGUGAUAUUAGUAUGGAUAUGACUGAACCAUUAUCAAAGAUAAUAGGCCAGGCAGCAGUAGAUAUACACAAAGAAGAUACAAAAAUUGAGAGAAGAUUUUUCAAAACACAAACUCCAGAUUUACCUGGAUCACCAAAAGCAGAAGUUACAGAGAAAACCCCAUUUGAUCUUUCUCUAAUGGAUGUCACUGUAGUGAAUAUACCUCCAUAUUCUUCCCAAAGGUCCUUGGAGAAAGAAAAUUUACCACCACAUUUUGAUGGUGAGUAUAGUAGAGUAGAAAAAACUGAGUCAGUAAACUUGAGGAGAGUGUCAGUAGUUCUAGAAGAUGUUAUGAAAUGUCCAGAUUUGCCAGAUAAAUACACACCAGAACUGAAACUUACUCUAAGUGCACAGACAGUAAAAUCUGGUGGGAACUCUUCAGGGAAAAGUAAAGAUACACUUCCUAAAGCUUCUAAAGCAGAAAGUCCAUUGCUUAAGAAGCCAAAGAAAAGAAAGACAUUAAGAUUUUCUGUUGCACAUGAAGAUGAUGAUGAAGAUGAGGACGAAAAUUUCUCCCCUGUGAAAGGAAGAAGAAGCCAAAAGGGAAGAAGAAAAACCAGUUCAGUUGGGAUGACACGAGCAAGGAGGUCUACUCUCAGCAGAAGGACAUCCAGUGCUGACAGUAGUGCUGCUGGGCCUGCAAGAAAACAGCGUAGAAGAAAAAAAGAAUCAGAGGAUGCUAACACACCACAAAACACUCCAGAAACUAGUAUCAUAAGUGAUUUAGAGGAAGAGUCUAAUGCAGUGACAUCUAAAACCAGCUCUGAGGAGGAGGGUAUGACAAAGAUUACACUUCCUGUACAGAAUGAUAUUUCAAAUAAUAAAAAUAUGAACUUGAAUGACUGUUAUGUGAUGGUAACCCGAACCCCAAAAAAUUGUCCAACGUCUGCUGUAAGAUCUGAAGCUCUUGUGUUAGAACUAGACUGCACAACUGAUUUAAACUCCCCGAUUCUGAAGUCUCCUGCAAAGUCCCCCAACAUGACGCCUCGUAAGUUAGAGAAGAUGGAUAAUUUGAGUAGGGCAAUGGAGCUGGUCAUGAAAACACAGCAAAUGAAAAUGGAUCAG